UUUCCCACUUCGUUUGCAGGGAGGUGGAGCCGCUGCGCAGCGAAUCCUGUUAGAAACGACAAUGUCCGACAAAAAGGAGGUGAAUUUAACUGGAGUCCGACAGAAUAAAGGCGUGUGGCUCGUUAAGGUUCCUAAGUAUUUAUCUCAGCAAUGGGACAAAGCAUCCGAAAAGGGAGAAGUUGGAAAGAUGUCAAUAGAAAAAAAACAAGGUAAGACAGAGGUAUGUUUCAGUCUAAAUGAGGAGCUGGCUGCCAUGGCUGCUGCAGGACAGAAGGAGGAUUCCUGGCAGGUCCCGAGGGAAUAUCCCAUCACGAUGCACACAGUGGGUGCACAGACCGUGGCUGUCUUCAGCCAGAGCGAAGCAGAUGAAAUCAGUCUGGAGGGGAUGGUAGUGCACAGAGCUGAAUGCCAACCAGUCGUCUCCGACAGCUACAUGAAGGUGAAAAGGUGGCAGAUUGAGUCCGUCAAGCCUCAACGUUUGACGCAGCAGCUGGAUCGAUUCACCCCCGUCUUCAAGCCGGUGGCCAACCACAACUUCAAUUUGGAGUAUGAGAAAAAGAAGAAGUCUGAGGGGAAGAUGGUGAGGGCUGAUCGGCAGGCGGUGUUAGAUAUGCUCUUCUCUGCCUUUGAGAAGCACCAGUAUUACAGCUUCAAGGACCUGGUGGACAUCACCAAACAGCCUGUGGCCUAUCUUAAAGAAAUCAUGAGGGAUAUCGGUACAUGCCACCGCAAGGGAACGCACAAAAGCACCUGGGAGCUGAAGCCAGAGUACUGCCACUACCAACCGGGUGAGGAAGAGGAGAAGAACUCCUAGCUCCAUCAGCAUGCCCUCUGAAACACUUCACUUCAAAGAAUAGUUAAAAUGUUCUAAGAGUGAAAAUUUUGAGUUACUUAGGAUUUUUUUAUGUUGACAAAAAUAUUUGUGGAAAAUCAUACAUAAUGUCUAGCUGAUGGAUGUAUGUUAUUGGGAUAUAAUAUUGCUUUAACCGCUGCUUAUGUUGCAAAUAUCCUCGGUUUUCUGGAUUAAAUCUGUUAGAAAACAGUAAUGUGAUAACUGUCUGUCUGUCUUGAACUUGUUUAUUCUCUCGUUCAGUCAGGCAGGUGUUUUUCACGGCAGACUAACCACAGUUGGAGCUAAUGACAAGUCUGCCCCAGCUGUUACCACAAAGCUGUGCUGCAAUUAGUCAUGCAAUCUUUGUUUAAUAUGUGAAAACAUCUUCUGUGAUUAUUAAAAAAACUCAAUGUCAC